AGCCGGUCUCCGGCGCAGGCCCAGUGCGGAUAAACAGGAAGCGGGCGGUAGAGGCAGUGGCAGAGAAAACGUAGGGGCUUUGGGGGAAACAGCGGAAGAGGUAGAUUAUCAGGAGGGCAACAGGCUGAGAACGCGAAAAAGAGCCUUGGCCACCUACGUUCCAGGGAACGGGAGGUCGCGGCGUCGCUCUCCGCUUAGGCUUCCUGCUGCCCAGGUUAGGCUGAAGCAGCAGCUGACAAAAGGCUUGUGUACUGGGGCCGCCGCCCUUCUCAUCCGGGCAUUCGGGUCCCUGCGGAGAGGGAGGGGGAAGGGCAGAGGGGGAGGAGAAGGAGCAGGAGGGGCGCGCGCUUGGAGCCGAGGGCCUCUUCAGGGCUCCAGGCCGGCGGCCCAACGGACAGAGGCGGAGGAGGACCUGCAGAGGUGGCAGCGGCCGGGGGCAGGAGGAUGGUGCAGAAGGAGUGCCAGGCGGCGCUGGAGGAGCGGGAGAGCGAGCUCAACUCCAACCCUGCAGCCUCCGCGGGGGCAUCGUUGGAGCCGCCGGCAGCUCCGGUCCCCGGAGACGACAACCCAACUGGGGCCGGGGGACCAGCGGUGGCCGCGGCUGCAGGAAGGGCUCGGAGGUUCCUGUGUGGCGUGGUGGAAGGAUUUUAUGGAAGACCAUGGGUUAUGGAACAGAGAAAAGAACUCUUUAGAAGGCUCCAGAAGUGGGAAUUAAAUACAUACUUGUAUGCCCCAAAAGAUGACUACAAACAUAGGAUGUUUUGGCGAGAGAUGUAUUCAGUGGAGGAAGCUGAGCAGCUUAUGACUCUCAUCUCUGCUGCACGGGAAUAUGAGAUAGAGUUCAUCUAUGCUAUCUCACCUGGAUUGGAUAUUACUUUUUCUAACCCCAAAGAAGUAUCUACAUUGAAACGCAAACUGGACCAGGUUUCUCAGUUUGGGUGUAGGUCAUUUGCCUUGCUUUUUGAUGACAUUGACCAUAAUAUGUGUGCGGCAGACAAAGAGGUGUUCAGUUCUUUUGCUCAUGCCCAGGUCUCCAUCACAAAUGAAAUUUAUCAGUACCUAGGAGAGCCAGAAACUUUCCUCUUCUGUCCCACAGAGUAUUGUGGCACUUUCUGUUAUCCAAAUGUGUCUCAGUCCCCUUAUUUAAGGACUGUGGGUGAAAAACUUCUACCUGGAAUUGAGGUGCUUUGGACAGGUCCCAAAGUUGUUUCCAAAGAAAUUCCAGUAGAAUCCAUUGAAGAGGUUUCUAAGAUAAUUAAGAGAGCCCCAGUAAUCUGGGAUAACAUUCAUGCUAAUGAUUAUGAUCAGAAGAGACUGUUUCUGGGCCCAUACAAAGGAAGAUCCACAGAACUCAUCCCACGGUUAAAAGGAGUCCUGACUAAUCCAAAUUGUGAAUUUGAAGCUAACUAUGUUGCUAUCCACACCCUUGCCACCUGGUACAAAUCAAACAUGAAUGGAGUGAGAAAAGAUGUAGUGAUGACUGACAGUGAAGACAGUACUGUGUCGAUCCAGAUAAAGUUAGAAAAUGAAGGCAGUGAUGAAGAUAUUGAAACUGAUGUACUCUAUAGUCCACAGAUGGCUCUAAAGUUAGCGUUAACAGAAUGGUUGCAGGAGUUUGGCGUACCUCAUCAGUACAGCAGUAGACAAGUUGCACACAGUGGAGCUAAAGCAAGUGUAGUUGAUGGGACUCCCCUAGUUGCAACACCUUCUUUAAAUGCCACAACUGUAGUAACAACAGUUUAUCAGGAGCCCAUUAUGAGCCAAGGAACAGCCUUGAGUGGUGAGCCUACAGUUCUGACCAAGGAAGAUGAAAAGAAACAACCAGAUGAGGAACCCAUGGACAUGGUAGUGGAAAAACAAGAAGAAACAGACCACAAGAAUGACAAUCAAAUCCUGACUGAAAUUGUUGAAGCUAAAAUGGCAGAGGAAUUGAAACCAAUGGACACUGAUAAAGAGAGCAUAGUUGAAUCAAAAUCCCCAGAGAUGUCUAUGCAGGAAGAUUGCAUUAAUGAUAUUGCACCUAUGCAGACUGAUGAACACACAAACAAGGAGCAGUUUGUGCCAGGUCCAAAUGAAAAGCCUUUGUACGCUGCAGAACCAGUGACUCUGGAGGAUUUGCAGUUACUUGCUGACCUUUUCUACCUUCCUUAUGAGCAUGGACCCAAAGGAGCACAGAUGUUACGGGAAUUCCAGUGGCUUCGGGCAAAUAGCAGUGUUGUCAGUGUCAAUUGCAAAGGAAAAGACUCUGAAAAAAUUGAAGAAUGGAGGUCACGAGCAGCCAAGUUUGAAGAGAUGUGUGGACUAGUGAUGGGAAUGUUCACUCGGCUCUCCAAUUGUGCCAACAGGACAAUCCUUUAUGACAUGUACUCCUAUGUUUGGGAUAUCAAGAGUAUCAUGUCUAUGGUGAAGUCUUUUGUACAGUGGUUAGGGUGUCGUAGUCAUUCUUCAGCACAGUUCUUAAUUGGAGACCAAGAACCCUGGGCCUUUAGAGGUGGUCUAGCAGGAGAGUUCCAGCGUUUGCUGCCAAUUGAUGGGGCAAAUGAUCUCUUUUUUCAACCACCCCCACUGACUCCUACUUCCAAAGUUUAUACUAUCAGACCAUAUUUUCCUAAAGAUGAGGCUUCUGUAUACAAGAUUUGCAGAGAAAUGUAUGAUGAUGGAGUGGGUUUACCUUUUCAAAGUCAGCCUGACCUUAUUGGAGACAAGUUAGUAGGAGGGCUGCUUUCCCUCAGCCUGGAUUACUGCUUUGUUCUAGAAGAUGAAGAUGGCAUAUGUGGUUAUGCCCUGGGCACUGUAGAUGUGACCCCCUUCAUUAAGAAAUGUAAAAUUUCCUGGAUUCCCUUCAUGCAGGAGAAGUAUACCAAGCCAAAUGGUGACAAAGAACUCUCUGAGGCUGAGAAAAUAAUGUUGAGUUUCCACGAAGAGCAGGAAGUACUGCCAGAAACUUUCCUUGCCAACUUCCCUUCUCUGAUAAAGAUGGAUAUUCACAAAAAAGUAACUGACCCAAGUGUAGCUAAAAGCAUGAUGGCUUGCCUCCUGUCUUCACUGAAGGCUAACGGCUCCCGGGGGGCUUUCUGUGAAGUGAGACCAGAUGAUAAGAGAAUUCUGGAAUUUUACAGCAAGUUAGGCUGUUUUGAAAUUGCAAAAAUGGAAGGAUUUCCAAAGGAUGUGGUUAUACUUGGUCGGAGCCUGUGACAUUUGUUGGCAAUAUGAACUGUCCAAAAGUCUCAACUUCACCUGGUGGGUGGUGGUUGGGUCUUCGUUCAUUUCAGCCUCUGGAGUGGCAACAAAUCAGCCGUUUGGGAUUGGAAACAAAAGAAGACUGUGUAAAACUCACCUAUCACACUUGGAGAAUACUCACUGGUGUUAGAACAUAGUAUUGCUGCAAAUCCUGUAUGAGUCAGAGGUUUGGGCCUCCUUUUUACGUUUUGUGUUAGAUGCCAAGACUUCUUACGUGGGAUUACAGGGUGAGGGUCUUGAAUAAAUGUAAUCAGCACUGUUUUCUGCAUCCAGUGUGGUUGCAUUUCUCACCUAAGAGUAAUGAAUCAUUUGUCAUCCUCUUUGGUCUAUUGAAUUAAAUGUCUCAUUCUUACGGGACAUGCAGAGAUGAAAAAUAUUUGGUGGGUUUCAGAGGCUUCAUGGUUGAGAUUCCAAGUUGGGAUGGUUGUGGUAGAGUUUAAGCUGAAUAAAUGAUUUCAAUUUUGGGCAGUUUUUCUGCCUUUUGUAAAGCCAUGGCCAGUGGUCUCCUAUAGUGAUCAUUGGUUCAGGCAUGUUGUGCUUUGUAGGGGCAAAUGUGCAGUUGUUUGUGGCAAAAGCCUAAAAAUGACAAAAGUUGUAAAUUUUUUGUAUUUAAACUAGCUGUAACCUAUCUUUUGUGUUUACCACUUUUAUAAUUUUUUCAUUUGAAAGUGAAAGGGUGUGGUUCAGGAUGGCACUUUGAAUAAUGUAAAUCAGUGGAAGGUGGAUUUUCUUUUGUCUUUUUUUUUUUUUUCCAGAACUUCUAUUAUUUUUAAAGUCCCUCCCACUUGAGCUAGGCCAUGACCACUUUGGGUAUGAGAGCCUAACUUCAUAUAGGACUCUGUUGCAAAGUGCACUCACUUCUGGAAAUUAACCUCAAUGUAGGUCAGCAUGUGAAAUUUUAGUUUUGACAUCUGUCAGGGCUCAGGGACUGGGUCCCAUUUGUCCUCAGAUCAGAUGUCCUGUCUUUAAUCAAGACCUGUUAGUACUGGUUUUAUUAAAUCAGUCUUUAAUUCUUGCAUGUUUGUAUCUAAUUUUUAAAAGAAAGAGCACACUUUAACCAAUGACUUAAGGUUAUCCUUUUUUUCCCUUUAACCACAGAUUCUGAAAGCUUCGUGUAUUUUAAUUUAGAUUUUGUGUUUUUAAGGGUUCUGAGCAUGAGGCUAGCAGGUAAUCUUUACAGGAUUCACUUUUUCAAAUCAUGGUUGACUGACUUCUUAAUAGAAUCAGACAGUAUUUUGUUAUCUUGUUACCCUGCAGUUUUGUAUCAGUUGUUUAACAGUGAGCUGAGACAGGAGGGCAAGGAGAGGGAAACUUGAAACAUAUUUUCCUUUGUAGAGUUCUGCCAGUGUGGGCUUUGAGAGUCUUAGAGCAUUGUAAGUAGAGGCACAUAGUGACUUUCAACCAAGGCCUGUGAGUGUGCACUGAAUGGAUGAGAAGAAGGGAGGGGAGAAAGCCCUCUUGAUUUUCAGGGUAGAAACCUUUAAUGAUAGAGAUACGGUAUAUUAGAAAGCUGGAACCAACUUUGUUUUCAGGAGCUGAGGUGAAGGAAGAUCUCUACAAGGUAAUUGUUCAAAAUGGCUUAAUGUCACUUGGUUUUCUCUGUAAGUACAUUUGGUAUACUUAGUGGACAGUUGUAGCAUUUUCCUUGGAAGAUUUUUCAAGGUCAACCUCCUAUGGAAUUGCGAUUUUUAGGAAGUUUGCUUGUGACUUUUAUCUUGGCUUUUAGUAAUCACUAUGGCUGGUCUUCUGGUCACAGAUGCACACUAUGAAACAUGUCCAGGCCUCUACCUUCAUCACAAUAGGAUCAUAAAGUGCUAUGUAUGCUCUUCUGUGAUGAAUAUUUAUUAAGGUUGAAAUGACAUUUCAUUGUUUAGAUCACAGCCUGGUUCCUGUAGAAAACAAAUUGUAAAAUAAUUUGAAGAUCAUGCAAGAGGCAAAAUAAAACUUGAAGUGAAUGUC